AAUUCAAACAAUUUUUAUUACGGGACGCUCAAAUUUUUAAACUAGCAAAAUUUUAUCAUAAUUUUGUCGUAUUUUGUUGGUAAGAGCCUUCUUUUAAGUAUGGAUAUUGACAAAACAACAAACAUGGACAUCCAGGAUCUCAAUGGGACUAAAAUAAUUCAAGAUGGUUUAGUUGUUAUGGUAGCUGAAUUCAUGCAGACAUUCGAGACAAUUUGGGAGGAAAUGGGAAUAAGUGCAUCAGUUCAUAAAAAUCGCCUCGAUGUUAUUUUACAAUAUGUGCGUAGUUUGUUUGUGGAUAUGAUAAAUGAUGAAAAAGAAUUUAUGUUAGAACUAAAGUCAAGCAUUGAAACAUAUGAAAGAGAAUUAUUGGAUCUUGCCAAUGAGCUUGGUGAAGUACCAUAUCAACCUCAAGGUGAUUUGAAGCUUGUUGAGCUUGAAAAGACAUUGAGAACAAAGUUGAAUGAUUGGAAUACGGAAAAAUAUCAAAGACAGAAAGCACAUAGAAAUCUUAAAGAAACUGAGAAAAUGCUGUGCAGCAGAUUGGCUUUACCACCUCAUGAUGCUGGAGUAAAAGAUGUGCCGACAUUAAAACAACUUAACGAAAUUGAAGAAAACAUAAAGUAUAUGCAAAAUCAAGUGAUAAAGUGUCUUGAAGAAUUCAAAACGUUACGUUUAUCAAUUUUUAACUUGUGGGAGGAACUUGAGAAAAAUGCCGAAACUAAAUUUGAAAAAGAUAUCGCACAAGAAGAUUCUGAAGCAUCAUUUCUUUUGUCCAAAAAUAAUUUAAAUGCAAUGAAAGAACUCAAAGCAAAGCUUGAAAAAGAGAAAAAAGAAAAUUUUGGAAAAGCUAGUCGUCUCCGUGAACAGCUGAAGAGAUUAUGGGAUAAACUUGAGAUUGAUGAAACAGAACAAGAAAGAUUUAGUUUAACUUGUUCAGGUUUUCAACCCUCCAUUAUUUCAAUGCUUAAAGAAGAAGUUGAUAAACUGGAAGCACUUAAGGUUUUGCACAUUAAAAAGUUUAUUGAAGGAUCGAGAAAAGAGCUGGCUGAGAUUUGGGAUAAAUGUUAUUUUGGUGAAUCUCAAAGACGUGAAUUUACUCCUGCAUUUGAUGAAAAUUACAGUGAAGAUGCGCUGACUUUACACGAGCAUCAGGUUGAAGUAAUGAGGAAUUAUUACGAAGAAAAUAGCGCAAUUUUUAAACUCGUUGAAAAGAGGGAAAAUUUAUGGAAAAAAUUUAUCGAAUUUGAGAGUAAGGAAAACGAUCCAAAUAGGUUGUUUUUACAUCGUGGAGGUGCUUUACUUAAAGAAAUGAAAUCACGAAAUUGUGUGCAAAAAGGUUUACCAAAGAUUGAAGAAGAUUUGAAAUGUGCCAUCGAAACAUGGGAAAGAGACAACGAGAAUAUUUUCUUAGUGAAUGGGGAAAGAUAUUUAGAACUUAUUGAAACACAGCGUUUUGAACAUGAAGAGGAGAAAAAGAGAAUUGUCGCUGAAAGGCAAAAAGCUAAAAAGGAAGCACUAAACAAAGAAAUGAUUUACGGUUGUACGCCAAACAAAAAAUCUGUUAUGAAGACUCCAUUAAGCAAACGGCUCCGUUCUGCAAGCAAGAUGAACUCUACUAACAACUCUACAGCCGCUACGCCGUCCAGAUUAUUUGGGUCCAGUGUCGUUACCAGAUCACCAUUGACCCCACGUAAGAACCUUAUGUCAGCGUUGAACGUAAAACCGGCUAAAGUUGCUAAAGGAAAAGUGACUAAGAGUCAGAAACGACGAUCUUCUCGGCUUUCUAAGAAAUUUGCAAAGAAAAUCGUAAAGCAAAACUUAAACUCAACCUCAACUGGGUCCUCACGUGACACGUCGAUAAUCGGUAGCAAGGAGUCUUUAUCUUCUUGUAUGUCUUAUUCUCAAUUUACAAGUGGUCUGCAGACGAAACAAAAAGAAGAUGUGUUGAAUAGUACACGCUCUCAAGUAGUCACUUUAGUGUAAACAACAUAACUUGAUUUUUGUUGACAAUAUAAGUCAUUUUGUCACAUUCCUAUCAUGACAUUGAUGAGCAUCACAAGUAUGGAGAAUUGAAACGGUAGAAUUUAAAACUGUUUUUAUAUCUUAUAUUCUUAGCCUCAUCACAUUUGUAUAUACACUAUGUACAGAAAUAUCACAUUUUAAAUAUUACAAACCACUUAAGCACGGCGAUAAUUAAAAGUAGGAACUAUCCUACUGAUUUUAAAACAAACUUCAUAUUUGCAAGAUGAUCUGAUAGUAUAGCGAAAUCCAUUAUCCAGAUAGUGUUAAACGUUUUGUGGAAUCGUUUUCAGUUUCUCAUAUUGUAAUGAUGCUACAGGAGAUGUUAAUAGAUGCUACAGCCCAAAGGAGAUGUUAAUAAAUGCCAUAGCAGAUGUUAAUAGAUGCCAUAGCAGAUGUUAAUAAAUGCCAUAGCAGAUACUUA